AUGACGUCUAUGAUUGCUGUACGCUAUGCUCCUAACGCUCUGGUGGAACCACGUUCCCCUAUCGCCCCCUCCUAUCCGGCCCAAGCCUCAAAAAGCGCCUCGCACCCUGAGAUGACCCAUCAAGGCAGCUGGUCUCCUGUUAUCCCCCACCCCCCCAACCUUGCCAUACACAUAUCCUAUUCGGCGCUGGUCCGCCUCACGAAUUACACAACUACCACACAAUCGUAUCGAUCCCUACACAAGACACAACACAUCAAAAUGCGUUACGCGUACCUUCUCGCUGCUCUUGCAUUCACCGCACCUGCUUUGGCUUAUCCCUUGGCUAAGAACGAUCAGGAUACGAACAUAGCUCUCCCCACGGAACAGCAGCCUUCCGAGGUCCAGGCCGUCAGCUCUCACCACAGCCAUUACUGUCAUGGCAGGCACCAUUGCCAUCCCAGGCAUCGUCACAGGCAUCACCAUGGUCCUCACCGGCACCACCACGGCCGUCACGGCUACUGGCACAGGCACCACCGGCACUACAGGCACGCCCACGAACAUGUCGAUAAGGAGUCUGCCCCUUCGUCUCCUACUUCCCCUUCUCCUGAACCUUCUUCCUCUUCUCCUGGACCUUCUUCCCCUUCUCCUGAACCUUCUUCCCCUUCUCCUGAACCUUCUUCCCCUUCUCCUGAACCUUCUUCCCCUUCUCCUGAACCUUCUUCCCCUUCUCCUGAACCUUCUUCCCCUUCUCCUGAACCUUCUUCCCCUUCUCCUGAACCUUCUUCCCCAUCCCCGGAAGCGCCCUCUAAGGAGUCUGCCCCUUCGUCUCCUACUUCCCCUUCUCCUGAACCUUCUUCCCCAUCCCCGGAAGUGCCCUCUAAGGAGUCUGCCCCUUCGUCUCCUACUUCCCCUUCUCAUGUACCUUCUUCCCCAUCCCCGAAAGCGCUCUCUGCGCGUUCUUUUGAGGACGAUCAGGUUGGGUCUAUUACACCGCGCAAACGCGGCCCGGGCGCUUGGGUGGUGGCCGAAGUGCACAGUUCGGACGACCCGCACUCCUUGGCAAACCGGUGGAAGACGCUGAAGUGGGGCUUCUUCCUCCGGAAACAUUGGCACCAUUCGCCACCGUGGAUGGCACAUAUAAGGUUCUCCGAGCCGCCGAUGCCCGAAGAUGAUACACAGAGCCCGAUGGAUGGAGAUUUUGCGUUCUCUGAGCCUGAGGAUGAUAGGGAGUUCAUGUUUGAGGAUGAUACGGAGAUAAAUCCACCGGUGGCCGCGGGUGCUGCACAGAUGAGGCUCUUCAAGACGAGCGGUCCAAGCCAUCUCUCGAGGAGCUCGAGUGACCAUAGGAUUGCCUGAGAUGAUUACCUCCCUUGCAUCUUAGUACACCUCAGUACAUGUUGUUUUGUUCUCUGUUGUGAUUGUAUACUAUCCGUCAUUGUCUGAGUAACUUUG